UCACUAUUAAUAACCAAAAUGCAUCUUCUACAAAAGAUAAGAAAUCUAUUAUUACCGAUUCUACACCUGAACCAAUACACAGCUCAACCCAGCUACAGAAAGAGCCCGUAACAUCUAUAACGUCUUCACAACAAGAUAUUGUUGAUGAUAAUUUGGCUAGUAGCCUUGAAUUCAUAAAAAUAAUACAUAAAGAAAAUAUUGCACCUACUAUUUCUUAUGAGCGAAAGAAAGAACAAGGCUUAAUUCAGGAAAUAACUGCAGAUAAUAGCCAGGAUGAUACAUCUCCAUUUACCCAAGUUCAUGACUCUAUAUCUCCAGAAUAUGCAACUGAAAUUUUGCUGUCUUCAGCAGAAUUAGCACAGUCAAAAGCCUCCUAUGCUCCUCCAAAACUCUUCCCAUUCAAGAGAAAGCUAUCAAAAGAGAUGCGUAAUUCAGUUAUUAAUAAACUAACUUCACAUUUUACUGACUCACCAAAGUUAGAUAAAAAUUGUAGUAUCGAUACUGAAGAUGAGCAUCAAAGUGAUUUCUAUUGGGUUCUCAGUUCACAUUGCCCACUAUGUAGAGAAAAUCAUAUGAGUUUAAAUGGUAAGUGGUGGCUAGAUAGUUGA